UUAUGUAUAACAAAAAAAAUAUCGGUCAUCGAUUUCAAUCUGACAAACAAAUCUAUGGUACAAGAACUGUAUUUUUCUAUUAUCAUGUUAUUUCUGUUAUUCUUCCGACGAAACGCAAGGACGUGUAGAUAAUACGGCGAUAUAGUAAAAGUGUUAAACUGUCGGUGUCGGGGAUUUUGUUUACUGUACGAUGGUUCAAAUCUGGGCCACUGUACGUACACACUAACAUUGUGUGUGCGCCAGGAGUAGCAACAAAGUACAUAUGGAGGUAACGCAUGGUUGAACCGUUAUAAUACAUACGGAAAUUCCAAAGCUGGGGUUUAACCUGGGGCUUUACUUCCGGGAGGAAUACACACCUGAUAUUCUACCGACUGACAGACACGCUGAAUCUACAUAAAGAUGGGAGGAAAAGAAGCCCAAAGUUGAGCCUUUCCAUUAACUGCUAAGCCAUGAUUGAUCACCUGCAUAUAAAGUAUGUAUAGUGACGUCGCGACUGAAUCAAACGUUUAAUAGGAUCCACAUUUGUAGUACGGCGAGAACAGCUUCAACAUGAGAGUAACUCGGAGAUUUGAAAUAUUUAUUCUGACGGCUCUGUAUCUAAACAUCGCAGUGCUAGUUCCCUGUCUCGGUCAGAACUUGAUACAAAACACACUGGAAUGUGAAUACGUCAAAAAGGAUUUUACUCAGUUUCCAAGUCUGUACGAGUACCACGGACUUGACGUCCCGACGAUCGCUAAGUCGUUUGCUUUCGGAAACACCAACAAUACUGAAGCAUGCACUAUCAACGCGACACGUUUGAUAAGCUUUUAUAAUUUCCCAAAGGAGCGUAUCGUAGCAGCAAUGUUGGUUUUUGCGUGUAGAAAACCUCUGCAUAUUAAAUUCACCAACACAAACUCACUACAAGAUUCAUUUUAUAACGUAAUCGGAUAUUUCCAAGUGCAAGGUUGUAUAUUUGAGAUAGAAAGUCUUCAACACUUUUCUGAUGCAUUUGACAUGCGCGUGGUGACUUUAAACGGAGUUCCGCUAUAUGAUAUUACAAAUCGUUCCCUAACGACAACGCGAGGCAUUCUGGGUAAUACAGUAGCCUUUUCCAUUUUCAAAACUUCCACUUAUAACAGUACAGUUUUAGAGUUUAUGGCAAGUGGUGAGAUAUUUCCAGAGAUGAGAGAGGUUUCGUUCCUUCACAUGGAUUGGAGUGAACUACCACCCGGUAUUAUACACACUUUUCCAUUUCUGGAAUCCUUAGAGCUACAAAAUAAUAAAUUUUCCAAACCUCCCGAAGAGUUUCCAUGGAAUGACGCAAUUUCUUAUCUCCCUAGAAACCUGUCUCGGUCACGUAUUUUCCAAAGUCAUUACAGUCUGGCGCUAAAUAUCGAUAUCCAGCCUAAUGUAUAUAGGCGUUUAUAUAAUUUGGAUAAUAAUAACAUCAGGAGCCUGAAGGAAUACAAGUUUCACGGAAUUCUCCAAAUGAUUUCCCUCAACAACAACAGUCUCCGGGAUAUCGGCGAACAAUGUUUUCGUCAAGUUAUGGAUCUUCAAAACAUCGGACUAGCAGACAACGAGCUUACGUCACUUCCGGUGGGGUUCCUCCGUGGUCUUACAUCACUUCGGCAUUUGGAUAUCCAUAAUAAUUUUAUCGAAAUCCUAUCAGAAGGUAUGUUUGAUGAUUCUGUCAACCUCGUAUACAUUAACCUGGCUUCAAAUAGACUGUCCUCUCUCGGUGAAGGUCUGUUUGUAAAACUUCUCAACUUAGAAACGUUGCUUUUAGACGGAAACAAUAUCUUAGUUAUCAGCGAAGCAUCAUUUCCACUUCACUCAAUAGCACUAACCACCGUAGGUCUCAGCAGCAAUCCUCUUCGCGAGAUUCCAAAAAUAACUUACUACAUACGUAGUCUUAGGCGCAUAAAUCUUAGGAACACAUCUAUUACGCUGACUAACUAUUCGGGACAGCUCGAGGAGAUGGAUUCUACCUUACUAAAGGAAAGUGUAAUUAAAUCUUCCAGCGAGUCUAAUGCUGACAUAUUUGCUCGUCCGAGUUAUCUAAGAGAAAUUGACUUAUCCGAAAGUUUGACGCAGGGUUUUGAACUUUCUUCUAAUAUCAACGAGGAAAGCAAAAUAAAAUUCAUAAUUGUUCUCAUUCAUUUUCAUUUCAAUUUUUACAAGAGCCCACUCAGAUGUGACUGUGGUAUAAUUCCGCUCAUCAACACCAUACGUCAGUAUACGCAGAAAGCAACUAUAACAUUCGAUGACUAUUUCUUCCAUGAGUGGACAUGUGUCUACCCGCAAGAGCUUGCCGGACGGGUGCUGCUUAAGAUAAAUGAGUCAGAGACGUAUUGUGGGGUGAAUAUUUCUUUUUGCCCGGAUACUUGUACCUGUUACCGGCGUUCUGUAUCUCUGAUCAUCAUUGUUGACUGUCGAUAUACUGAUAUGAUGGCUCUGCCUCUGCGUCUACCGGAGGGAGUGUUGGAUCUCUGGUUUCAAAGGAAUAACAUAACGCGGAUUGAGUCCAGGAACUACCUCAACCGUGUCCGUAGGUUGUCUUUGAAUGCAAAUCAGAUAAGUCAAGUAGACGGAGAUGCUGUGUCACAAUUGGAUAUCAUUGAAAACCUAGACCUGUCCUCCAAUAACAUGAUCGGUCUGCCAGAGCAGAUUCAAUUCCUCCAUCUUACAGAACUGAUCGUCAGUGACAACCCGUUCUCGUGUGAUUGCCACUCCCUUUGGAUGAGGUCGUGGAUCGAACGUAACAAGGACGUGGUGAUAGACUCCUCAACACUGACCUGCAACACACAGAUAGGAACGGCGAGGCCUUUACUUAAGGUUCCCACCACUGAGUUUGUGUGUAAACAGGACUUCAACGCAAGGAAACACGUGAUUAUUCCAGCCACUGUAUCAUCGCUGUCUGUAAGCCUCGUUCUCGUCGUCAUCGCACUUGUCUGUAUUUAUAGACUGGAAGUAAAAGUAUUUCUCUACAUUUAUCUUGGUAUUCGUCCAUUUGACAAGGAGAAGAAACUGACUUCGAAAUCCAUCGAUCUAGUCGUAUUCCAUUCACCUGAAACACAGGCAUGGGUGACGGAACAUAUAUCACCGUUGGCCGUGAGAAAGAACAGAACUGUUUUUAACAUUUUGUAUUUAUGCAAUGACUGUGUGGCGGGGUUUUCAUUCCAUGAUAAUAUUGCAUGCCUUGUGGAGAAUACAAGGAAAGUCUUAUUCGUCCUUUCUAAAGAGUUCUUGGACGAUAACAAGCUUCAAAUAGCCUGGACAGAGGUCAAGAACCGUAUACCAGACAACGGCGUAGGGUUUAUACAGUUUGUAACAGACAAUGUGCUCGCUUCUGAUGUACUGGAUUCUGAGAUGGCUAGCUUGAUGAAACACACUCGUUACCUCAGUACUCAGGAACGAUUCAUCAGAAAAAAAAUAUUGUACUACAUGCCUCAUUAUGGGACAUCUGAGGACAUUCAUGUUUUGCCAGUUCUACAAAGUUUGCUUGAAAAAAGAAGCAGACAGACACCGGAAAAUUUUCCCAACAGAAACAAUGGCAUAUUUCUUACUUAUUCUGAGGAUCUUUUAGCGUUCAUCAUAACAAAGUUGUGCCCAAAGCUACAAGAAUGUGGGUAUUCAUUGUGUUUACCCGAUAGAGACUUUAUCCUUGGUGCAGCAAAGGAGGAAAAUAUUCUGCAAGCAGUUUCUACCUCUCUUCACACUCUGUUCAUUGUAUCUGAGUACACGUUCGUGGACGAGUGGUCAUUGUUUACGUUUCGUGCAGCUGCACAGAGGUCACUGCGGGAUAAAUACAACCAUCUUGUUGUCGUGUUAAUGUGUGAUGUUAACACAGACACUGUGCAAGACGAGGAGCUCCGCCAUUAUCUCAAAUCUCACGUGACACUCAGUGCGGGUGACGAGAACUUCUGGAGGAAACUUAGAUUGUCUCUUCGGCAAGUAAGGAAUUUUACCUCGCAAGCCCGAGGCGACCUAUGUGUAACUAACAACAAUAACAUAGCUCUAACUGAUAUUGUGUUAAAUAUGUAACUAUUUGUUGUGGGACAUCGUGAAUGUGAAGUCCAAAGUAUGUUCGAUGCUACUUAAUUCUCAUUGCGGGGUUUGUAUGUCACAAACACAUUUCAGUGUUAUUGAAAUAUCAUUUUACAAAUGUAUCCUUCAACCUUGUACAAACCCUAACACAAUUUGUUCCUAUCCUUAUAACCAAAUUAUUGUUUUGUAUAUAUAUAAUUUAGAAUUAACAGACUCAAGUAUUGUUUUGUAUAUCUCUUGUGAGAUAAAAGGCACCUUUUGCUAUGCCAAAACUAUUUUGUAGGUUCAGAAACUGUUUUUCAGUGAAUGUAGAUUCGAUUAUAGGGCAUACAUGUACAUGCAUAAUAUGGGCUCAUAAUUUUCCAUUUUCAAAUGCUUAUAUCAGAAAAGUACUCCUCUCCUUUGUAUACCCAAUUGGUGCAAAUUUCCGGAGCCGUUUAUUUGUGUGAUAUGCUAACAAACAAACCUUUUGUAGCAGCUUCAGACAGACAGCUAGUUUAGCGCCCCCCCCCGGCCCCGCCUCACCCGUCAUCAACAUCACCCUAUUCCAACCCCACCACGAUUUACAACUUGUUGUCAUUUCAAAUUUUAUAAAAUAAUACGAAAAUGGCAAUUUAUUUUACAUGUUUAUGCAACAUAUGCAAACCACGAUAAUUAACUCUGUACAUCCGUUAAAACUGUUUGAAUUGUUAUAUUACCUUACAAUACCGUGUAUACCAUUGAUAUAUAUAUAUAUAGACAGUUGAUAUGUAAAUGAAAGUUCUACUCGAAUUAUACGUAGCAGUGUAUAUAUUGACGUCAUUACAUAUGUUUUGGAUUAUAAUUUGGCAAUGAACUGUACUAGGGAAGAUGAUAGUUUAGGUCGGAGGGAGGGGCAACUCUUACAAAUUAGAUCAAUGUCGGAUAACACUAACAUAAUUAAGAUUAAGGGGAGAUAUUUUGUAACAAAACGCAUAUGCGUAAUUGUUAAUGUAGCAUAUAAAUGUUUUUGUAGUAACCCGGUAGCCACAGUUUGAUAGUUAUUUAGUACAGAUUUCAUGGAUGUACACGUAUUCCGCGUAUUGCAGAGUUAUCUUCUCUUGGGAUCAGAUAUUGAUUGUUACGUCAUUGGUUUGUGUGAGAAAACUACGUC